AUGAACAACCGUCGUCGCGCUGCCCUCCACCAGCGCUCCGAUUCCGAAACGAACGAAGUCCGGACAAAUCCUUCUAUUCACAGCAAUAAUUCGUCAGUUUCACACAAAGCAACUGACGUUUCAGCAUGGGUCCCUCAUCCAGUUGCAGCCUCCAUAUCGAGGGACAGCACACGCUCGAGUUCGCACACUGCAAGUACAAACAGUAGCCGUGGACCUUCUGGUUCCAUAGAUAGUUUACCUCCAGUACCUCCCUUGAAGAUCUACAAAAGGGAAUCUGCCUUUAUUGUGUCCCGAGAUCCACCAAGCGUUGUAAUCGGGGAGUCUCAGAACCCAGACACACUGGCCAGUGGCUCGAUUCCAGCCCCUAAUACAACAACGCCCCCAAAAGUGCAGACAUUUCCAAAGUCCAUCCUAAAAAAGCCUUCUCGGCCCGCGCUGCCUCCAUAUACAGUGGAAGAAUACAACGAAAAAUCAAAUUCAUGGAUAGCAAACAGUGCCCAAAGCCCAACAAGCUCAGAAGGAUCUAGAAUGAAUUCCCACACACUCAGGAUAGUAGGGAGCAGCGAGGACAGUAACGAUGAAAGUAGUGAACAAGGCGAUAUACUCGGGGGGCUUGUCAAUCGUCAGCGCCCCGUCACUAUAUCUCCGAGAGUUACCCCGUCACCGCGAUUGGGUGAGUCGAGCGCUCAAGGUGCACGCAUGGUUCACCCACAACCUGCCCCAGUGCGCUCUCGAAGUAAUGCCUCUAUGGAACGCCCUGGCACUGCUGGUUCUCUUCUCGCCUCAGCCAAACAACUUCCGGCAUGGGCAAGGUAUUUCUAUAGCAAGAAGGGAGGACGAGGAAGUAUUAUUGAGCCCGAAAUGCCCAGGUACGGAAAUGAAGACACAGCAGAGCACAAAAUCAGACAUCAACAAAGCGAUGAUUCAAUGCAGAUAACAGAAGUCAUCCCGCCAGGUACAUUAUAUCAAGGUCAAAGGCAAUGGGGCUCUUCUGAGAGUGUUCCUGGCGUGGACUGGGUGGGGUCCAGAACCAAAAUUAUGGACGCCGAAAUCGCGACUCAGUGGUCAACACCACACCUAGAUCACACACCGCUGUCCAGGUUUGAGACCAUCGACCGCCAACUUGUAAUGUUUUGCCUGGGAUUUCUUCUACCAGUAUGCUGGAUAAUUGCUGCAUUCCUUCCGCUGCCAGAGGUACACGGACGCAACUACAAGCAACCCAUUCAAAUCGUUGACCAACCAUCCCAUUAUAUUGUCGAUGCGGAGGCUGGAUCAAAUAAUACUGUAAAACAACAACGAAAGUAUGAGAACGCGAAAUGGUGGCGAACCGUAAAUCGAACAAUGUCCGUUGUUGGACUACUCGUUAUCGGUGCCAUAAUUGCACUAUGUGUUCUUGCUGCAACACGGGGUGUUUAG